GAAAAGUUGGCAGCUAAGAAAAAACUUAAAAAAGAGAGAGAAGCUCUUGGUGAUAAGGCUCCACCAAAGCCAGUUCCCAAGACCAUCGACAAUCAGCGAGUGUACGAUGAAACCACAGUGGACCCCACUGAUGAAGAGGUGGCUUAUGAUGAAGCCACGGAUGAGUUUGCUUCCUAUUUCAACAGACAGACAUCUCCUAAGAUUCUCAUCACGACAUCGGACAGACCUCACGGGAGAACAGUACGACUCUGUGAGCAGCUCUCAACAGUUAUACCAGAUUCACAUGUUUAUUACAGAAGAGGACUGGCUCUGAAAAAAAUUAUCCCACAGUGCAUUGCAAGAGAUUUCACAGACCUGAUUGUUAUUAAUGAAGAUCGUAAAACACCAAAUGGCCUUAUUUUGAGUCACUUGCCAAAUGGUCCAACCGCUCAUUUUAAAAUGAGUAGUGUUCGUCUUCGUAAAGAAAUUAAGAGACGAGGCAAAGACCCCACAGAACAUGUUCCUGAGAUAAUUCUGAAUAACUUUACAACACGGCUAGGUCAUUCUAUUGGACGAAUGUUUGCUUCUCUGUUUCCUCAUAAUCCUCAAUUUAUUGGAAGGCAGGUUGCCACAUUCCACAAUCAGCGGGACUACAUUUUCUUCAGGUUCCACAGGUAUAUAUUCAAGAGUGAAAAGAAAGUGGGAAUUCAGGAACUUGGACCACGUUUUACCUUAAAAUUGCGAUCUCUUCAGAAAGGAACCUUUGAUUCUAAAUAUGGAGAAUAUGAAUGGGUCCAUAAGCCACGGGAAAUGGAUACAAGUAGAAGAAAAUUCCAUUUAUAAAGUACUGAGGGAGGUAUUGAAUUUUGCUGGACAGGCCUGUCUGGAAAAACUUGGUAAAUUAUUUACAAAACAUCUUUCAAAUGGAAUCUAUUGAUUUUAUAAAUCUUAUAUUUGAACAAAUGA